UUUUAGGUCGUCUACUGUUGCCAUGACAUCAUCAUCUUGCCCUGCAGAGACUUGAACUGCCGCUUGGCGUUUCUUAUUGUCGCAAAGCGUCAAACGCGGUGUCGUGAAGCGCGCCGCCCCAGCGAAGAUGGCGGCCGAGCUGCAUCCGCGCAGCGGAAAACUCAUCGGACUGUCCAACUCGAACCGCACGGCGCAGCGAAAUCAGCCAGUUCAGGAGUUUAAUCACGGGCUGGUGCUCAGCCGGGAGCCGCUGCGGGACCGCGAUGUCUUCACGGUUCGGAUCGACAAGAAGGUGAACUCGUGGAGCGGCUCCAUAGAGAUCGGCGUAACGGCACUGGACCCGGCUGCUCUCGACUUCCCCAGCAGCGCGACAGGGCUGAAGGGCGGCUCGUGGAUCGUGUCCGGCUGCUCGGUGCUGAAGGACGGCCGCUCGGUCCUGGAGGAGUAUGGGCGUGACCUGGACCAGCUGGGCGAGGGCGACCGCGUCGGGAUCCAGCGGAACGGCCGGGGCGAGCUGCACCUGUGGGUCAACGGGCAGGACUGCGGUCCGGCAGCCAGCGGCCUGCCCUCGCGCCUGUGGGCCGUAGUGGACCUCUACGGCAAGUGCACUCAGGUCACUGUGGUCAGCUGCGAGCCUCCGCCGGAUACAGAGAGCGAAGAUCGGGAGGAAUUACAGGAGGGAGAGGUGGACAGGGCGGCGUCUACGUCUGCGUCUUCGUCUGCCACGACGUCUCCGGCUGCUCUCGUUCCAGAUCAUGAGGACAGAACAGGGGGAGUGGCGUUACCCGCGGUUCCUGCCAUAGCUGCGGUGAUGAACGGCUCGGCUGAGGACGCGCCCGAAGUUACACGAGGACACGGACACGGCCGACCUGACAAAUUCCCAAAUAACUUCGAUCCAGACACUGUCCUCACGGAGCACCAGCUAUUCGACGUGUUUAACAACGCCAUCGUGUCGCUGUACCGUUCAGAAGACGAGGGCGGAGAGGAUUCGGGUUUAGGAGGAGCAGGCGGUUCAGGAGGAAGUUCAGACUCCUCCAGAGGAGGAACAGGGAGCUGUAACGGGUCCCGAGGAGGAAAUGAGAACUGGGUCGGAGGUCGAGCGGAGGGCGGGAGCGGAAACAAUAACAGCCCGUCAGGGAACGGAGUUGGAGGAGGAGGAGGAGGAGGAGGAGGAGGAGGAGGAAAUGGGGCGGGGACGGCGGUAAGCAACAGUGGGAUGACCACCAACGACGCGCUGCUGUUCCAUGAGAAGUGUGGCACGCUGAUUAAACUGAGCAACAACAACAAGACGGCCGAGAGGAGGAGACCGCUGGACGAGUUCAACAACGGUGUGGUCAUGACCAACCGCCCACUCAGGCACAACGAGAUGUUUGAGAUACGCAUCGAUAAACUGGUGGAUAAAUGGUCCGGAUCCAUCGAGAUCGGAGUGACGACGCACAACCCGAACAAUCUGGACUACCCUGCAACGAUGACCAACUUACGCUCAGGUACCAUCAUGAUGAGCGGCUGUGGGAUUUUGACCAACGGCAAGGGCACACGUAGGGAGUACUGUGAAUUCAGCCUGGACGAGCUCCAGGAAGGGGAUCAUAUCGGGCUGAUGAGGAAAGCCAGCGGUGCUUUACACUUCUACAUUAAUGGCAUAGAUCAAGGCGUAGCAGCUAACCAGACCCCGGGUGUGGUGUACGGUGUAGUGGACCUCUACGGCAUGGCGGUAAAAGUCACCAUCGUCCACAAUCACAACCACAGUGACCGUUUACGCCGCAACAACGCCAUCAUGAGAGCGCUGUCGCCCGACGUGGGCCGACCCCGACCCGCCCUCUCGCUCACCCCCGACCCCGAAGCCCCGGACCGGCUACUCUUCCACCCCAACUGCGGGCAGAAAGCAGCCAUCGUCGGUGACGGCAGGACGGCGCUGCGACCUCACGCGACAGACGACUUCAAUCACGGAGUCGUGCUCAGCAAUCGCCCGCUGCACUCCAACGAAGUGUUCCAGGUGCGCAUCGACAAGAUGGUGGACAAGUGGGCGGGGUCUAUAGAGAUCGGCGUCACGACACAUAACCCCGCCUACCUGCAGCUACCGUCCACCAUGACCAACCUGCGUUCAGAAACAUCACGUAUCGCCCCGUCCGUAUCUGUUUCUCCUCACCACCUCUUCUCUCUCACAGGGACGUGGAUGAUGACGGGGAACGGAGUGAUGCACAACGGAACCACCAUACUAGACGAGUACGGACACAACCUGGACCGACUAAAAGCUGGAGACACUGUCGGCGUGGUGCGGAAGGAGGACGGAAGCCUGCACUUCUUCGUCAACGGAGUUCCUCAGGGCCCGGCAGCCUGGAACGUGCCGCCCAGCGUUUACGCCGUAGUGGACCUGUACGGUCAGGCGGCUCAGGCGACCAUCAUGGACGACAUGGCCGAUCUCCCUCCUCUCCCGGACGACAGCUCCGAGGGUCCGGUCGCCAUGUCGCCCGGCAGCCCGUGUUCUGUCACUGGGGUCAGUGCAUCCAGUGACCUCCGCUUCCAUCAGCUGCACGGCACCAACGCCGUCAUCACCAACGGCGGCCGUACAGCGUUCCGUCAGAACUGCCGCAGCGAGUUCAACGACGCCAUCGUCAUCUCCAACAGGUGCCUUCGUGACGGUGAGUUGUUUGAGAUUGUUAUUCAGAAGAUGGUGGAUCGCUGGUCAGGAUCGAUAGAGGCAGGAGUGACUGCGAUCAGGCCAGAGGAACUGGAGUUCCCCAACACUAUGACUGACAUCGAUUACGAUACCUGGAUGCUGAGCGGCACGGCGAUCAUGCAGGACGGGAACACCAUGAGGAAUAACUACGGCUGUGAUCUGGACUCACUGGGGACGGGCUCCAGGAUCGGAAUGAUGCGUUCAGCUUCUGGAGAUCUCCACUACUACAUAAACGGGGUGGACCAGGGCGUGGCGUGUACCGGAUUACCACCAGACGUGUAUGCUGUGAUAGAUCUGUACGGUCAGUGUGUUCAGGUGGCCAUCACCAGCUCAUCUGGUCCUCUUGACAACAGCCUGUGCACCAGUAACAUCACAGAGAAGAGUUUCCCAAUACACUCACCAGUGGCAGGAGUGGCUCACCGUCUGCACAACAAACACGGGAAGAACGUGGUGGUGCUGGGAGACGGCUGCCAGGCCGUCAGGGUGGGAGGGUAUUCUCACGGCAUCGUCUUCAGCGCAAAGGAGCUCAAGACGGACGAACUGUUCGAGGUGAAGAUCAACGAGGUGGACGAGCAAUGGUCCGGCUCGCUUCACAUCGGCUUGACCACCCUGCAGCCCCCGGAUCUGCCCUCCUGCCCCCUCAGCGGCCUGUCGCCCUCCCUCACACAGCUCAGGUCAAAGGUCACCUGGCUGCUCGCCGGGUCAGAGGUCAGACGCAACGGCGUGCUGCAGAGACAAAACUACGGCUGCUCGCUCGACCGACUGAUGGUGGGGAACCGUGUGGGUGUGAAGAGAUGCAGCGACGACACGAUGCACAUCUUCAUUGAUGGAGAGGACAUGGGAUCUGCAGCUACUGCUGUGGCUAAGAACGUGUACGCGGUGCUGGACCUGUACGGGAAGGUGACGGCGGUGUCCAUCGUCAGUUCCACUCUGCUGGAGGACACGGACAGCGUGAAGGCUCCGUCGCUCUCCUCGGACAGCUGCAGUGAGGGAGAGGACGAGUCCACGCCGGGCGAGAGCGAGCCUGCCAUGGUUCCCGUGACGAUGACCUUUCUGGAGAAUCAUGGGAAGAACAUCCAGCUGUCCAAUCAGAACCUGACGGCCACGCGAGUGUCGAGUUAUAACCAGGGCCUGCUGGUCACAGCACACGCUCUGCCACGCCUGCAGCUCUUCCAGUUUCAGAUCGACAGAUUGAACACGUCGUGGACGUCGUCUCUGUCUCUGGGUUUGAUCGCUCACUCUCCUGAUCGCCUCAACUUCCCCUCCACGGCCUGCUGCCUUAAACGCUCCGUCUGGCUGCUGCAGCGAGACUCUGUCUUCCACAACUCACUGAAGAUCUGUGAGAACUUUGGGCCGAACUUGGACACGUGUCCUGAGGGGACGGUGCUGGGUCUGCUGGUGGACGCUAACAGCUGCCUCCACCUGUACGUGAACGGGAUGGAUCAGGGCGUGGCAGCGCAGGACAUCCCGAGCCCCUGCUACCCGCUAAUCGACCUGUACGGCCAGUGUGAACAGGUUACCAUAGUGACCAGCCAUAUGGAGGCCGUGGGGGCGGAGAGCGGAGACGCACGCUGCCAGGGCGACAUGGAGAAGGCCGACAUGGUGGACGGAAUAAAGGAGAGUGUGUGCUGGACGCCUCCUCCUGAGGUCAACCCCAAUAAGACGUGCGAGUACCAGGCUCUCUGCUCCAGAUUUAAGGACCUGCUCACACUGCCUGACGCGUACUUCAACCAGGACGCCAAGUACAACCUGUGUUACUGCGAGUCCUGCCACAAGCUGCGCGGGGACGAGGCCUACUACAAACGCGGAGAACCGCCCCGGGACUACGCUCUGCCCUUCGGCUGGUGCCGCUUCGCCCUGCGGAUAAAGCCGCACUGUGACGUAUCGAACUCCUAUAAGAAGUGGCACAUCGCGUACCAUGGGACGAGUGUGGGGUCUCUGCGCCGUACGCUGGACCACAGCCAGCUUCUACCAGCAGACACGUCGUCCGUGUUCUCGGCGUCCCCGCUGAAGGUGGAGGGUCACGGCAGCUACAGUGAGCCGGAGGAGAACAGCGCCCCCGAGAGGGAGAUCCCCCGCGUGCACCUCUCCCCCACCAUGCGUUACUCCGGCCUCGAGGUCUUCGCCCCUAAAGUGCAAUUCCGUGACCCUCGCUCCCUGCGCUGUCAUCACGCCCAGGUGGGAUUCCAGGUGUGCGUGCGUCCCGGCUCCUACAAGGUCGGGCCUCAGUCUCUGGGCAUCAGCGAGCCACUGGAUCCCCGAUUCAACAACACGGAGAUCGAGUGGAUCACCAAGGAGAAAGGAGGAACCCUGCUGUACGGCCUGCUCAUCCGCGUGGAGUGAAGGAUGAGAGAGAGCGAGAGAGAGAGAGAGAGAGAGAGAGAGAGAGAGAGAGCGCACUCAGGCUGCUGGUCCUGCUUCAGAGAAAUGAAGUUAAACUCCGUUCUCUCUCUCUCCAUUUUUCUUUUAUUUGAAGGUGGUCUUUUUUGGGAGACACUUCCUGCACUUUAUGUUUCAGACCCCAGCAAGUGAUUUCUCUCUCUCUCUCUCUCUCGCUCUCUCUCCUUCUGUCUCACUAUCUUUUGUUCUUUCUCUCCCUCUCUCUCUCUUUCUCAGUUCUCUCCCUUUCCUUCUUUCAGUAUCUCUCUGUCCAUCUAUUCUUUGUCUUUCUGUCUCUCACGGUCAUUUGUCUCACUCUUUCUUUCGAUAUCUCUCCAACCAUCUAUUUCUGUCUCUCUCCCUCUUUCUUUCUCUUUGCCUUUAUCUCUUACUGUCUUUUGUUCUCUCGCUCACUUUCUUCCUUCCUCUCUCUCUCUCUCUCUCUCUCUCUCUCUCUUACUGUCUUUUGUUCUCUCUCUUUGUCUUUCUGUCUCCCUUUCUUUCUUUCUUUCUUUCUUUCAAUAUCUCUCUCCAUUUUUAUCUGUCUUACAGUUGUUUGUUCUCGCUCUUUCUUCCUUCCUUCCUUCCUUCCUUCCUCUCUCUCAUGUCUUUGUCUCCCUCGUUCUUUCUUUCAAUAUCUUUCUAACCACCCCUUUCUCUGUCUGUCUCUCUUUCUCUCCCUCUUUUUUCUGUCUUUAUCUCUCACUAUCUUUUGUUCUUUCUCUCUCUCUCUCUCUUUUGUUCUUUCUCUCGCUCUCAUGCUCGCUCUCUCUCUCUCUCACACUCUUUUGUUCUUUCUCUCUCUCAUGCUCUCUCUCUCUCUUUUGUUCUUUCUCUCUCUCUCAUGCUCUCUCUCUCUCACUCUCAUGCUCUCUCUCUCUCUCUUUUGUUCUUUCUCUCUCUCUCUCAUGCUCUCUCUCUCUCUCUCUUUUGUUCUUUCUCUCUCUCUCAUGCUCUCUCUCACUCUGAUGCUCUCUCUCUCUCUCUUUUGUUCUCUCUCUCUUUUGUUCUUUCUCUCUCUCUCUCAUGCUCUCUCUCUCUCUUUUGUUCUUUCUCUCUCUCUCUCUCUUUUGUUCUUUCUCUCUCUCUCAUGCUCUCUCUCUCUCUCUCUCAUGCUCUCUCUCUCUCUCAUGCUCUCUCUCUCUCUCUCUCUCUUUUGUUCUUUCUCUCUCUCUCAUGCUCUCUCUCUCUCUCACUCUUUUGUUCUCUCUCUCUCUCUCUCUCUCUCUCUCUCUAUCCGUUAAAGAAGGUUGGACUCCAGUCACCUCCUCAUAGCACAGCCCUGGAUCCUGUGAGCGUUUUCUUCUUCUUCUUCAUUUAAAAAAAAAAACAAAAAAACCACAAAAACAAAGAAACCUGUUGGUAAGAGACAAAUGAACAAAUCCACCUGGAGCUACACGAAGCCCUCUGUUGGGGAAGAAAAUAAUGUACAGCGUGGAAAAAGAAAAGAAAAAGAAAAGAAAACCCCAAGGAAAAAGACUUGAAGCGAGGGUGAGGAAGAGGCCGGGUAUCCGGUGUGCUGUUCGUGUUCCACUUCACACAGGAGAACGUUUUAAGGCUCACACACAGUAUUACAUUUUUACUCCUCGAGUCCCGUUUAACAAAAACAACAACAAAUCAAAAAUCACGUCGUCUUUCACCCUCCUCGGCUUGUGUAGGGCGGAACCCGUGGCCCGUUUUUUUUUUCUUCUUCUUCGCAUCCUUUACUCCGGUUCUGCUCAUCAACGGACGCGGGAAACGCUACGAACUGGAGUUCAGCGGGGAUCCACACCUCUCAGACCCCAAGCUACUCAUUUUAUUUGAUAAAACACGUCUCCACAUGCAGACACCGCUUUUAAAAUUUUAGGAUCUCCCGUCUCAACGUUACUAAGAAUUAGAAAGCCUUUCUGCUCGUAAAUAUUUACACCCCCCUUCUCUCUCUCUCUUACUCCUUCCUGUGCUCUAGUGUUUUGAAAAUGUUGAAUGUAAAAAUCGUUCAAGAAAGCGUAAAUCCUGUCGCAAGGCAUUUUGGGAAAUGAAGUUUAAGAUGUUUUGAGUUUACACUGGGUUUUUUUUUUAUUUUAUUUUUUUUUAUAAAUGUUUACCAUCACUUGCACAGGUUCAAGCCCUUAUUACUAUUUUUUUUUUUUUUUUUUUUUUUUUUUUUUAAAUAGUGUCAGCAAUUGAAACUAGAGAGGUUUUCUCUCUCCAAAAAACAUAUCUAAUAUAAAAUAAACAUAAAUAAAUAAAUAAAUAAAUAACGGAUUUUUGUUGCCAACUACAAACUACUUGAGUGGAAGUUUUACACCCACCUCGUCGCCAAGGGCCGUGUCUGAUCAUAUGCUUGCUAUACAACUGAAAUGUGAAACAAACACACACACACACACACACACACACACACACACACACUCUCACUUGGGGUUCAUGUUGGCCCGUUUGCUGCUUUUCUGUUGUCGUCGUUGUUUUUUCAAUCAUUACUUUGUAUUAUUUGUUCAUGUUUUAUUUGUAUUUCAUUAUGUUGUACAGGCUGUUACAUAACACUAAUAUUAUCUUCCUGAUUUGUAAGAAAAUAAAAAUGUGUACAUAUAUUAAAAAAAACAACAACAGUUUCACACCAUCAUAUGAGAGUCUUUGUCGAGUCUCGUCCAUGAAGAGUCAACUCCGGAAUUACUGGCACCCGUUAUUACACAGAAACGAAUACAUCCGAUUAUAUAUACUAACACGCCUAGCUAACAUUCCC